AUGGAUUCGACGAGAAUAACCAUCACGAUCGAUGCCGGUACCGAUAUUUUGGCAACCCUUACAAAUGCCAUUGUCGGCGGCCGUGGAGCAGGGACGUCCCAGGCGGCGGUGACCGGUGCAGGACCGUCGACUAGAGAGGAAGCAAACAGGAAGGGGAAAGCGGAAACCGGCAGAGCGGUUGCAAAGAAAAACGAGUCGUCCAAGCGUCGCAAGGCCGAGUCAGCAGCAGCGGUCCAGCGCUCCCGGUCUCCGAUUGGUCGCAGGCGUAUACCACCCUUGCCGUAUCCGCCGAAACACAAGAUAAACACCGCUUGGAGGAAAGUACCACCGAUUCCCAAGCUGACGGUGGCCACCAGCCCGCCGAAGGUAAGGCUGACUUGGGAUGACGGCAUCAGCUUGGGAUCGUAUCACCUUUACGCGGUCAUAGCCGGCCACGAACUGUACGGGUGCGUGUUCGGAGACGAAGACGACUCCGAAGACGCGCGAUGGGAGAAGUUGACCUUCGUCAAGGCCGCUCCACCCAGCCAUAACCGGCGGCAGCCCGUCAGCUGCACAAUUAGCAACAUGGACACAGAAGCCGAUUACUACUUCGCGGUCCGCCCGGUGGACGUGCACGACAGACGCGGACCAUUUGCCAUCGUUUACGUUCGGCUCUGA